UCGUCGGCUUAUCCUUGGACGAAAUGUUUGUUGUGUGUGUGUCCAACUAAGGAGAGGCCUCAAAGAGUUCUACAGUAUGUCACAGGCCGUGGGUGACAACAAAAAUAAGGUGUACAAGGUGGUGUUAACAGGAGGACCAUGUGGUGGUAAAACAACUGGCCAGUCACGUUUAAGUUCCUUCUUUGAGAGUAUAGGAUGGCAGGUUUACAGAGCUCCAGAGACCGCUUUUGUACUUAUGAGUGGAGGAGUUAAGUUCACCAAUCUGUCAAAGGACCAGGCUUACAGAUUCCAGGAGAACCUACUGAAGACUAUGGUACAGAUAGAAAACACAUUCUUUGAUCUCGCCAAACAGUCCAAACAAAAUUGUCUCGUUAUUUGUGAUAGAGGCCUCAAGGAUGCUUCAGCUUAUGUGGAGAAAGACGACUGGGAGAGGAUGAAGAGAGAAAAUAAUUGGGAUGAAGUUGAUAUCCGUGACAAUCGUUACAAUCAAAUCAUACACAUGGUGUCGGCCGCCAGUGGAGCGGAACCUUUUUAUACUGUGGCAGGGCAUGCAACCCGACACGAAGACUUAGAAGGUGCUCGCCAGCUCGACAAAAUAACAGCAGCGGCUUGGGUGGGACAUCCAUACUUUGAUGUGAUAGAUAACAGUUCAAACUUUGAGGAGAAAAUAAACCGAAUGAUAUCUGCAGUAUGUAACAGACUGGGGAUAGACGUCCAGGAUCGUCUCAGUUCUAACAGUAGAAAGAGGAAGUUUCUGGUUAAAACAGUGGGGGAUCUAAAGAAUUUCCCACAGUUCCAGGACUUUACUGUACAACAUGACUACCUCGUAACUCCAAGUCGUAAGAUGCAGGCCAGAAUCAGGAAGAGAGGACAGCACAAUUCCUGGACAUAUACUCAUACUAUUAGACGACCAGAAAUUAGCAACGAAAUGGUGGAAUUAAGAAUGGUGAUAUCUAAUAAGGACUACAAGAACCUGUUUGCACAGAGAGAUGAGAGACACUCGUCCAUCUACAAGAAGCGGCGCUGUUUCCUGUGGAACAACCAAUAUUUCCACUUGGACAUGUUUGAGGACACCUGCCCUCCAGAGUGCAAAGGCCUUAUACUCCUUGAAACCUACACAAUAAAAACCGGUGAUGAUCUCCAGUUGCCAGACUUUCUAGAGAUUGAGAAAGAAGUGACCAACAAUCCAAAGUUCUCCAUGUUUAACUUGUCUUUGAAGGAUCCUGCCCAAUUCAAACGGCUACACCUUAGUUCUGUGACCAGUGAUGAUGGACUGUAACAGCUGGUAAUCACUGUUAAAGAGAAGAUAAUUAAUUAAUUAUAUAAGGGAUAUUAUGUAUGUCAUUGUAACAGGGGAGAUAAUUCUGUAUAUCAUUGUAACAUUCCCCCCAGUUUUACCUACCAUGCCUUGAUGUUGUCAGUGUGGUUUACACUUCCUGACCUGUCUUUGAAUGAAUCAGUCUAGAAUUAUAAUCAUUGUGAAACUA